GGGACAGCGGAGAGAGGAGCUCCCAGGCCAGGUGGAGCGUCAUGCGCCGCGGGCCGCCGCCGCUAUCCGCGGUGCUGACGCCGCCAGGUGCGCUUCGUUUCGCCGGCUGGUAGCCCGCUGCUUGCUAUCUGCGGUGUUGACCCAGCUGCCUUCGGCCACCGCUCGCCUGGAGGACGCGUGCGGUUUGGAUUUUUCAAAAGCCGUUCUUUAUUUAGAUCCCAACAUCCUCGCAUCUCUUCUGUGCCAAAGGAGCGCUCAGGCCGUCCGUCUCCCCCUUUGCUCUCCCCAACUUGGCGCACCCUCCCUCCCAUUCCUCCCUGACACUCCCACCACCCCCCCUCGGCUCGACUGCUCGGCGCGAUGCUGCAGAAGACGCGCUGAGCCCUUUUGGAUCUAAUGCGCAGAGGAGGUUGGCCCAGUGCUCCUGGGCUCCCCCAAGGCUGAACUUCGUCCAAGGUGCCCGUAGGCUCCCUGCCCGCCUUCCCCAUGCCAGCCCGCAGCUAGGGGCAGGGGCAGCGGCGGCUGGGGUUGGGGGUGGGUGGGGAGCUUUUGGGGAGGACAGGUCGCAGCUUGGCUAUGGAAGGCUCCAAUGGCUUUGGGAUCGACUCCAUUCUUUCCCACCGUGCGGGCAGCCCCGCCCUUCCCAAGGGGGACCCCUUGCUUGGGGACUGCCGCUCACCCCUGGAGCUGAGUCCGCGCUCCGAGAGCAGCAGCGACUGCUCUUCACCAGCUUCACCAGGAAGGGACUGUCUGGAGACGGGUGCCCCUCGGCCUGGAGGGGCACCGGGCGCAGGUUUGGACUCCCACCUGCAGCCUGGGCAGCUCUCGGCCCCAGCGCAGUCACGCACGGUGACCUCCUCCUUUCUGAUCAGGGACAUCCUUGCCGACUGCAAACCACUCGCGGCCUGUGCACCCUAUUCUAGCAGCGGGCAGCCUGCCGCCCCUGAGCCGGGGGGCCGUCUUGCAGCCAAGGCCGGAGAGGACUUUAGAGACAAGCUGGACAAAAGUGGCAGCAACGCCUCGUCAGACUCCGAGUAUAAAGUGAAGGAGGAGGGUGACCGCGAGAUCUCCAGCUCGCGGGACAGUCCCCCGGUGCGCCUGAAAAAGCCGCGGAAGGCACGCACCGCCUUCACCGACCAUCAGCUGGCGCAGCUGGAACGCAGCUUCGAGCGGCAGAAGUACCUGAGCGUGCAGGACCGCAUGGAGCUCGCCGCCUCGCUCAACCUCACCGACACGCAGGUCAAGACCUGGUACCAGAACCGCAGGACUAAAUGGAAGCGACAGACGGCUGUCGGGCUGGAGCUGCUGGCGGAGGCAGGCAAUUACUCGGCGCUCCAGCGGAUGUUCCCGUCGCCUUAUUUCUACCCGCAGAGUCUAGUUUCCAACCUGGAUCCCGGCGCCGCGCUGUAUCUGUACCGCGGGCCCAGCGCGCCGCCGCCCGCCCUGCAGAGACCUCUGGUGCCCCGCAUCCUCAUCCACGGACUCCAGGGUGCCAGCGAGCCGCCCCCGCCGCUGCCCCCACUGGCCGGCGUCCUCCCGCGCGCGGCGCAGCCUCGGUGAAGCGGCCGCUGCUCCCCGGGGCUCCGCGCCUGCCCCUUCCGCCUGCCUCUCGGAGGGCGCGGGGUUUCAACACCUCUUCCCCGGGGCCCCUGUCCGGCUCUCCCUGGCGCCUCAGCCAGUGUCCCCCAAGGGCCAAAUGCCAAGUCUACUGAGGCCCGGACCUCUCCCCCGGCCGCUCCAUCCGGGGCCCACUUCCACCCGCGGAUGUAUAUACAUGACACCCUCUCUCUCCCCCGGCCGGCUUCCCUAGGCGCCUCCCGGCUCCUCCCGGGGGCAGGCGGGGGGCGACCCCCAUGCUGCACUCGCUCCCGCAUCCCGCUCCAAGCUCCAGCUGUCCAUCAAACCCCCUCCCCGCACCCCUGACCGGCGGAGGGGUGUGGAGCCCCCCACUCCGAGCGCCGGGAUCGGCGCUGAGCUGUACAUACGGUGUGCAAAGUGUAUAUGAAGUUAUUUAUUCGUGACCUAUGAGCCCGUGACCGUGUCCGUGAAUCAGUGAGUCUGUGGCCUGCGCCCUACCCCCUCUCAGGCGGGGCAGGCAGGGGCCCAGGGGGCUUGCCCACCCACCCCGACCCUCCAGCCCCCACCUUCGGCCUCCGUCGGGGCAGCCAGGCUCCUCGGGUUCUCUCUUUUUUAAAUGUUGAAAUAAACUUCUUACAAAUGACCAGGCGCCUGUCCGCGCUCAGACCUUCUUUCCUACCCUUCCUUAAGAUCCAUUUCCCCCUCCUGGGACUCGGUUUCUUUCCAUCCUCAAGGAAAUAUUUGU